CAGAGCAAGUAGAACAAUGGGCAGAGUUCAUCACCAUCACUCUAAAACCCUCCUAAAACCCUUCAACCAGACCCUCCAAACUCUCCUCUCCCUCCUCAAUCUCCACUCCUCUUCUCCUCUCUAUCUUCUCCAUCUCCAUGCCAUCAUCGUCAAGUCCCACCUCUCCCACCACCCCUUCCUUCUCACCCGCCUCGCCCACGCUUACCUCUCCUCCAACUCCCUCUCCCCUCCCACCCGUAUCCUUCUCAGCUUCCCCAAACGCCCCCCGCUUUUCCUUUGGAACGAGACCAUCAAAGCCCAUGCUAGGAACGGUCGGUUUAGAGACUCCAUUGGUUUGUAUGAUGCCAUGCUUGCUCGCGGUGCCACGCCGAAUGAGUUCACGUUCACUUUUGUUUUGCCUGCCUGCGCCUCCGCGAGGGCGGUAUUGGAUGGACGGAGGAUUCAUGAGCAUGCGGUGAAGUUUGGGUUUUUGUCUAAUGUGUUUGUGGCCACUGCGGUUGUGGAUAUGUAUGGGAAGUGCGGUGAGGUCGGGUUGGCACGGCAGGUGUUUGAUGGAAUGUCGCAGAGGGGGAUUGCCAGUUACAAUGCUAUGAUAUCCGGGUAUGUAUCAAGUGGAAAGUGUGAGGAGGCCAUCUCCCUGUUUGAUCAAAUGCAGAAAUUGGGCCUUCAAUAUGACGCAACAACAAUGGUGAGCGCACUGCAAGCUUGCGCUUCCCUAGGAGCUCUGCAAAAAGGAAGAUGGAUUCAUGAACAGGUCAUGAGUUCUCAAAUGGAGAUCAAUGUCCACUUAGGUGCAGCUCUGGUGAAUAUGUAUGCUAGGUGUGGUUGCAUUGAAGAGUCACGUAGAAUCUUCAAUGAGAUGCCAAGAAGAGAUUUGAUCAGUUGGACAGCUAUCAUAUGUGGGUAUGGGAUGCAUGGGCUUGCUGUGGAUGCAGAGCUGCUGUUUAAUCAGAUGGUGCAGUGUGGAGUUAUGCCUGACUCCAUUACCUUUGUUGGGGUUUUAUCAGGUUUCAGCCAUAAAGGGAUGGUUAACAAAGGUAGAGAAUAUUUCAAGAAAAUGACUGAAGAGUACUACAUUAAACCUACUUUGGAGCAUUAUAGUUGCAUGGUUGAUAUGCUUGGUAGAGCUGGAAGACUUGAGGAAGCAGAAGCAUUCAUUAGGACUAUGCUUGUGGUUCCUGAUGCUGGUGUGUGGGGUGGACUCUUGAAUGCUUGCAAGAUCUAUGGUAAUGUUGAGUUGGGCAAGCGAGUUGUAGAAGAAAUCCUGAGGUUAGAUCCUUGUAAUGCAGGCUGGUAUGUCCUAAUGUCUAACAUAUAUGCAACUGCAGGACUUUGGGAUGGGGUUGCAAAGAUGAGACUUUUAAUGAAAGAGAGAAAGGUUUCAAAAUAUCCCGGAUGGAGUUCGAUUGAGAUUGAUGGACAUAGGCAUGUCUUCCUUGUGUUCGACCGUUCCCAUCCAAAGUCAGAAGAGAUAUACAGGUUUCUAAAGGAUCUUGAGGAGCAGAUGCAAGCAGCCGGAUAUGUUGCUGAAACAAAAUGUGUGUUGGUGAAUUUGGAUGAAGAAGCAAAAGAAGACAUGCUAUGCGGACACAGCGAAAGGCUGGCAAUUGCUUUCGGGAUUUUAAGCACAAAAGAAGGGGAGGUGUUAAGGGUGAUUAAGAACUUGAGGGUGUGUGUAGAUUGUCAUACUGCAACUAAAUUCAUUUCUAAGAUCGUCGGAAGGGAAAUCAUAGUUAGAGAUGCAAACAGGUUUCACCAUUUCAGAGAUGGUGUCUGUUCUUGUGGUGACUUCUGGUGAAUUGUUGAUGGGAACACCUUCUCAUUGCUUGAUAUAGUGUUACUAAAGCCUGAAGUGCUUAACAUGCAAUGUCAAUAUAUAUGUU